UGAUGCACCUUUUGAACGAAGGAGAGAAUAGAAUAUUGUUUUUUUUAAAGAAUAAUUUUUUGAUGCAAUCACCCGCCUAUAAUUUCCCUGGCUUUAAAAUUAUGUCCCUUUAAAGUCUAGAUUAUAGAGUGAUUUUAUGGCACUCUCAAAACAAUUUCUAACAGAGCCACCCUUAAAAUUCCUGUCCAGUAUACAACUUAACCAUUUUCUUCAACAUUGCAGCAAAUCAAGAGCUCUGCAACAAGGAAGACAAACCCAUCAACAAAUAAUCACCCAUGGCCUCCAUCAAAAUCCUUUCAUGGCCACCAAGUUGGUGCAAAUGUAUGCAGAUUGUAAUAAUAUUAUAUCUGCCCACCAUGUGUUUGAUCAAUUGUCUCACCCGAAUGUGUUUGCAUGGACUGCAAUGCUAGCAUUCUAUUCUCGUAAUGGAAUGACCAAAGAGUGUUUAGCAUGCUACAAUGAAAUGAAAAAAAAUAGAGUGUUCCCUGACAAGUAUGUUCUUCCGAAUGUCGUAAGGGCUUGUACAAAGUCAUUGUGCCUAGAAACUGGAAUGCAGAUACACAAAGAGGCUGUGGUGUUUGGGGUUGAAAUGAAUUUGCAAAUUUGCAAUUCCUUGAUUGAUAUGUACUCGAAAUGUGGGGAUGUUGCGGGUGCUAGACGGGUUUUUGAUGCAAUGGUGGAAAGAGAUUUACUGUCUUGGAAUUCACUUAUAUCUGCGUAUGUGAGUAGUGGGUUUCUAGUGUUGGCUAUUGAGUUGUUUGGUUUUAUGAGAAUGGGAGGAUUUGAGCCUGAUACUGUCACUUGGAACACUAUCGUGGAUGCUUAUUGUCGUAUGGGGCAAUGUGAUGAGGCUUCUAAUGUUUUUAAGAAGAUCAAGGAGCCUAAUAUAAUUUCAUGGACUACUUUGAUAUCAGGUUAUUCAAGAAUCGGAGAGCAUGAAGUCACGUUGAGUAUUUUUAGGGAAAUGAUGUCUAUAGGAAAAGUUUGUCCCGAUUUGGACUGUCUUUCCAGUGUCCUUGUUUCUUGUAGACAUGUAGAGGGUUUUAACUUUGGGAGAGAAAUUCAUGCCCAUGGAAUAAAAACUAUUAACAUUACUGCAUUCUACAAGUCAGCUGGACCUGCCUUGCUGGUCAUGUAUGCGACAAAUAGGAGAAUGCCAGAAAUGGGUAACGUAUUUGAUUUUAUGGACAUGUCUGAUGUUGUUACUUGGAGUGCGAUGAUUCAUAGUCUUGCUCAUUUAGGAAUGGCACAUUCAGCGCUAGCAUGUUUUAGAAAGAUGCAUAUACUUAAAAUUCAAAACGAUCAAACUACAUUGUCCACUAUUUUGCCUGUCUGUGAUUUGAAAAUUGGGAAAGAAAUCCAUGCCUAUAUCUGGAGAAAUGGUUUCAAUUCUGUUAUUACUGUUCUUAAUGCACUUAUCCAUAUGUACUCUAAAAAUGGAUGCAGUACCAUUGCACAUUCUGUAUUUGUUAACAUGGAAAGUAGAGAUGUUGUAUCUUGGAAUGCAAUCAUUGGAGGGUUCGGAAUGAAUGGGUUUGGCCAAGCCGCUCUUCACCUUCUGCAGGAAAUGAGCCAUUCUGAGAUUUGCCCUAACUCUUCAACGUUUACUUCGGUUCUAUCAGCAUGUAGCCAUUCCGGUCUUGUAGAUGAAGGACUCCAAGUUUUCCACAAAAUGACUAGAGAGUUUGGCUUUGAACCGAAAACAGAACAUUUUGCUUGUGUUGUUGAUUUACUCGCACGCUCUGGUCAGCUUAAUGACGCUGUUGAAUUCAUCAACAGAAUGCCUGUGAAGCCUGAUAAGUGCUUAUGGGGGGCUGUUCUUUCAGCCUCACGAGCACACCAGAAUGUUAUUACUGGCGUACUUGCAGCAGAAAAUUUGGUACAAUUGGAACCUAAUAAUGCUGGAAACUAUGUGACACUGUCAAACAUGUAUGUAAGAGCUGGAAGAUGGGAUGAUGCUGUAAGAGUGAGAAAACAAAUGGAUAGCAGAAACUUAGUUAAGCCAUCAGGAUUAGCUUUAUUGAAUCCAUGAAGUAAUGAAAGUGUGGUAGAGAAGAACCAAGGUUUAUGAGGGUUGUAUGAGCAAACAGCCAUACACACUGUGAUUACUUUAAACCCUAAACAUGAAAGUAUUGAUUUAAAGGUUUCUCAAGGACCGAUGCCCAGAAAGAUAUGAGUACACCUUUGCAUGAUGGCAAUCAUCUGACACAAGUAUCAUCAGGGAAUGCAUGUGAUAAAAAGACUCUACUCAAAGUCAUGGAAUUUUUAGGUUGUGCUGGAGUGGAGAGGGCUGAUGCAGUGAACUAGUGACUGUAUCUGAGCAUGUAUAUCUGCUCAGUGCACGACUUCAAAUGUCACCAACUCACCAAGGCAAGGGUAUGUCCAUUUAGUUCCUUUGGGCCUUUUCUUUCUAAUUAUUCUCAACAGGACAUCGACUUUGCAUGAGCCAUGAAAGGUAGCAUGUAAACUUGUCGAACACAAUCAAUAUAUAAUUUGAGCCCAGUUCUUUAUA